CGGCGGCCUUAGCCAAACGACCUCGUGGUGCUUUUAAACGGUAGCAGUCACAGUACGCACUGGCUGCAUCAUUUCGCUCCUUUUCUCGAGACCCAUGUCGUGCCUGAGAUCUUGAAGAGUGGCAUCUUCCGGCUUGGAACUCUAUCGAAUCUUUAAAGUGGCUCCGCAACGAAGUCAUGAAGUUACCCCGUCAUACUAACCACCGACGGUGAAGCCCUCUUUGUUCGCAUCCCUGCCUGAAUUCUCAACACGAUUCAGUUCAACUUACGCCACUCUCACCCACUAUCAUCAUGAGUUUUCUCGACUCAGUUCUCUCGUCCAUCGAGACGGGCAAACCGUCUCCAAUACCCCCAACCUCGUCUACCGUAUCACCACCUGUCACUUCCUCUACCGUCAGAACCGAAGUACGCAAGACCAGCCUUGGACCACGGAAUAUCCCCGUAAUUACAGAACGCAAAACCCCUAUGCAGGGAAUCAAGCGCAAAGCCGACGAGCCGCUGCCUCGCUCCAUGAAACCAGCGCCCCCAGCGCCCUCAGCGCCCAUAAGGCCAGCCGUUACCAAAUCCACUAUACCUGCAGCUGGUAAAGCACGUCCUAGUGCCGCCACAGCAACCGUGGCGUCCGCCUCCAACAGUCGUUCAUCAACCCCCCAGAGGACAGCACAGGUGUCCUCAAAACCACCUCCGAAAGGCUCUUAUGCCGACCUCAUGGCCAAGGCUAAGGCAUUACAAGAAAAGACACCGACACAGGUCGGUAUGUUCAAGCAUCAGGCUGCAGCUAAGGAGAAGCUUAGCAAGGUGGAGCGAAAAAAGCGGGUAGUGGAAGCUCAGACCAAAGAGAAAGAUGGCCGGUUGGCUAAGAAGCCCGGCGCUACUGUCAACGCAGCUGGAAGUGCCAAAGCUAGUGGUACGAAGCCCGUGAGGAAGCGGGAGCCGGAAGAGCUUGCCUACAAAGGCACUUCAAGACCAACGCCCCGUCCUGCGCAACCCGAGUAUCGGGGAACGGCGGGCUUGCCUGCCAAACGGAACCCUAGCGACCUCAAGGCUCAGACCAGAGGGAAGCGUUCCAGAAUGGAUGAAUACUUGGGUACUGACGAGGAGGACGAGGGUGAUUAUGCUGACGACUACGAUGACUACGAUUCCGGGUCCUCAGAUAUGGAAGCUGGCUACGAUGAUGUGGAGGAAGAAGAAGCCGCUGCACUCGCAGCCGCCAGACGGGAGGAUGAGCGGGAGUUGGCGGCUGAACAGGCAGCCAAACUGGCGAAGAUGGAACGCCUCAAGAAGCUCAGUGCGCUGGCUGCGCGACGGUAAUGCGGUAGCCCCAUACGUCGGGCGAAUCAAGAUGAACUGCUUUUGGUAUCCCUACACUUACUUACGUGGACCAACCCUGUCUCUCUAUCAUUUUCCUAUGUAUUUUGUGAAUUUUCUGGAAACGGAGCAUCAGCGAGGAAUACCCCGAGGGUGCAUUACAAUUGACGUUGCUGAUUUCAUUGAUUUCCCGUGUCUUUGACUUCUUUUUGAGUUGUUUCGAUGAGCAUCAGCGAGCAUCAAGGUGGUGUCGAUAGAUGGAGUGUUGAAUCGUCUUCCUUCGAGUCACAUAUUUUUAUCGCAACAUUCUAUAUAUAUUAUACAAUUGUGGGAGCAUGGCUGUUGUACUGCAAGACCUGAACAGCAAUAGAAAUCGAACCAUUAC